GCUCAUUAAUGGCUGAUGGAAUGUAAGAUUUACCAAGGAAGUCAAUGUUUUCUUCUGUCUAACUCCUCGGUAUUGCUUUAUAAGAUUUAACAUAAGAUCCAACCUUUUUAAGUGAAUAGCUAACUUAAUGGGAUUAUUGUAACAACUAUGGGGAAUCUUCUUCGUGUUUUUUUAAAUUAUGAUCCACCGUCCAGAAAUACAGAUGUCUUUGUGGACUUUGAAAAUGCACAGCCAACUGAAGAAGAAUGUAUAGUUUGGACUAUGGUAAACACUGUUCUUCAGUCAGCUGAAGAUAUUUUAGAUAAAUUAAGAAAUUAUACAGGUGCAUCAGAAAGUAUACGAAAUGCCAUUUCUAAUCCAAGUAGUGAAGAUUUACAAGAAGUAGCUUGGCAUGAUGUCAUUCCUCUUGUCAGCAAAUUAAAAUUAUUUUAUGAAUUUUCUUUAAAAUUAGAAAAAAUUGUUCCUGAUUUAUUGAAAGAACUGUGUUCAGGUGAUAUGACUCCUACGGAACAUUUAGAAAAUCAACAAGCAUUAUUCAAACAAUUUGCUGAAAUACUAGACUUUGUUUUAAAGUUUGAUGAUUUGAAGAUGACAAACCCUGCUAUACAAAAUGAUUUUAGUUAUUAUAGAAGAACUCUGAGUAGAAGGAAAAUGGCUAAUGAGGAUGAUAAAGAAGAUCAGUUAGAAGUAUCUAACGAGAUGGCCAAUAGAAUGUCUUUAUUUUACGCCCAUCCUACUCCAAUGUUAAAAUCAUUGAGUGAUACAACUGCAAAAUUUGUUUCUCAAAAUAAAUAUCUUCCUGUUGAACAGACAACAGAUUGUUUAAGUGCAAUGGCCAAUUUAUGUAGGGUAAUGAUUGAAAAUCAAGAACAUUUUUCCCGAUUUAAGAAUCAAGAGACCAAAUUAUUUUGUCUACGUGUCAUGGUUGGUGUUAUUAUAUUAUAUGACCAUGUGCAUCCUGUUGGAGCUUUUGCCAAAAUUUCUGGAAUAGACAUGAAGAGCACAAUAAAAGUGUUAAAAGAACAGAAACCACCAGGUAGUGUUGAUGGAUUAAUGAAUGCUCUCAGGUACACCACAAAACAUCUUCAAGAUGAAACAACGCCAAAAACAAUAAAAUCAAUGUUAGCUGAUAAUUAA